AUGUUCUCGUCAAAGUCAAAGCUAAAGCCCAAGACUCCUUUAACGAACCUCAAUUCCACGAAAACAGCAAAGUUAGCAGUCCCGCCAUCUGCAUCACAGGCUUCAGUCCGUUCGUCGUCGUCUUUGUCUGCAGCGAGCACCACACGUGCACGACGCUCACCCAAAGCGUCCUCCUCCCAAACUACAUUUGGCUUCCAUCGUCCAAAGCAACAGCCUCGAGCGCCCAUUACUACGCGCUCUUCUGCCCGCGCACCCCCAGAGUCUCCACUUGCACACCACUCCAGACAUGGAUCUGCGGCUUUGCAACGUAGCAGCGACGAUAGCAUCGAGGUCGAUGAGGUCGAACUUCUUUUAGCGCCUCCAACGCCAACGCCGGCGAGGACUGGUACUCAGAGUCCUCGCAAGGGCCAGGGAAAUAAUCUUCAGACCCCUUCUCGCUUACCUACUCGCGCCAGCCUCUCGUACAUGUCACCUGUUCAUCCUCGUUCUGGAAAAGCACCAUACCUAACGACCGACCUUGGUGCACCCGCCAACCGUGGGUCGAUCUUACCUUGGGAGCAAUUCGCUAAUGACAGCUUGCACAUACUGGAUCAUGGGGAGAUGGAGAACAUACUUGGAGAUAUUCCUGCACCAUUCACUCUAGGGGCGCCUUCUCCGACAACCACGAACUUUGUCAAUCCCCUUGGCCUGGGAGAAAGCCCCAGUCUCAGAGCAAUGAACACCCCAGGAGGCUACGAGUCUAUAUCUCAAGUUUUCCUCCCUAACGUGACUCCCUCUCCAGCCAUACAGACCGAUUCGCGACUCUUUCAAACUUCCAACGACUCACAUUCCUCCGAUUCAGGGACCGUUACCAUGCUUCGUUUGCAAGUCGCAUCGGCUGAGAACGCUGCAAAAGAACGUCUAUCACGUAUGCAAGAACUUGAGGAGGAACUUCGCGCUGCUCAGCAAGCUCGGUUUCGAGAUGUAGAAGAUCUUGCCGCGCAAGUAGCCUCUCUCACAGAGCAGCUGAGGUGUAGUGCGGAGUCGAGGGAAAAGGUGGAUAAAUCUCGCGUACCUUUCCCAGCUUCACCCCCUGAGAAGCCACAGAGAGCUGCGGAGCAGGCUCUGCAGGACAAGCCACCACCUCGAAAAGUAGGGAGGCGAGAAUGGGCUACUUUAAAUGUCUCAUGUACGGCCAUUCUCGAAUGGUCUUGCGUAUUGGAUCAAGCAAGAUCCACACUUGACUACAUGAAAACUGUCCAGGAGACAUUAAAUGUAAUACUGGCGGGGCUGGAUCACAGCGAACGAGCCAUGUUAGAUGGCUCAAUAGGGUCAGCAAUAGCUGGACAGGAUGACAUGCCCUCAUAA